CGCUCAUCAUUACUAGUUUUCCCCACAUUGCGUGCUUUAGUAGUACGCUUAAAUCGUAUCCCAGUAGGCCACUCCAUGUAUAGCACGCUCUCAGCGGCUCAUUACCCUAGGUGGGAAGAAAGGAAGUUAAGCGCGUGCAAUCUUUUCUCUCCUGAGUUGUUCUGUGUGGCGAUAGCUGUGGUAAGAAAAAUAGGUGGCAUAGAGAGGUGGUGGUGAUGGGACCUCGAUUGAUGACCAGCAAUCGUUCUACUUCAUGAUAUAUGCGGCGCCUUGCGGUUGGGCGGAGCUGCGGCAAUUAUGAUCACUACUAAGGGGAGGGGGGGUCCGCCCUCUCGUUAAUAUCACAAUACGCGUCACUUCAAGGGAAUGUUCUACUUAUAGACAACUUGAAAGGAAUUGCAUUUGAGAUCCUUCCGCAUUCUCGACCGAUUUUGUUCCAUUUUUCCAAUCGCUAAGGUCGAUAUUGGACAUGUUUUGCUUACUUUCUGCUUAUAAAUGUUUAAAAUAUGAUUGCAUCCGACAUGUGAGGCAUUCCGAAAAAAAGAGUCGGGAAAUCGUGUGUGUCUCCCCUUUCAUCGCUGUAAUUUAUUUAUAGAUGGAGGAAUCCAUUUUCACUUUCCAAAAUGACCUGUCUUUCUCUUUCAAAUCAUAUUCAACCUAAAGACGGAGAAUCAGAACACAAGUUUAAAAGAUACUCGAUAGCGAAGAAUAAAGCAAAUAGAAAAAUUUAAAGGAUACAUUUUCCUGACAUCAUAACAAAGGUUCGACGCUUUUGUUAUUUCUAUAUAAAAAAAGUUGGUAGUAUUACACCUUAUCAGGCUCGUAAAGCAACUCCCCGGUUAUCGCAUAAUUUUACAUCCAUACACAAAAAAAUAGGAACCCUAGCGAAGGUGAGCCACAGUGGUCUGUUACCAACCCUGUCCGGAGUCUAUUAUUACUAUUAUUGAUUAUUAUAUAUUUUAUUUUUUUGAUUACUACUAUUAUUAUCAUUAUUAUUUAAUAUUUUGUGAUUAGUGCCGUUGUUGUUGCUGUUGCUGUUGUGUUCUUUUUAUUAUUAUUAUUAUUAUUAUUUGUUUAUUAUAUUGUAUUUAUUUGUGAUUAUUACCUUUUAUUGCGUUGACUGUUUCCAACGAUGAGUUCCACCAGUCACCCGGUUAGCGUCCCGCUCUACAUCUGCGAUGCCUACGCGUCGGAGCACUUCAAGGGCAACCAGACCGCCGUCUGCAUGGUGCCGAGCUCCGUCUACUGCAUGGAGUGGUCGGGGGUGAAGAGCCUCGAGGCGAGUUUCGGCCGCGGCGAGCCCGAUCACACCACGCAGACGGAGGAGGAACGCGCCGCCGAGGCGCAGGCCUACGCGGACGAACGCGACGCGAAGAUGGGCCGCGCGUUUCAGAGCAUCGCGCGGGAGCUCAAUGUGGGGGAGUGUGCCUUUGUCUACCGCAUCCCCGCCGCGCGGGAGAAGGAUAUUCUCGACAAAAUCCGCGUCAAGGUGAACGAGUUCGAGAAGGAAUACGAGGAGCGGGUGCGGGAGGAGGAGAGCCGCCAGAUGAAUGCGCUCCUCUCCACUGAGGAGGAAGGAGGGGGCCGCGGGCUCGCGCAGUACGAGGCCCCCGCGGGGAUGGUGCAAGGGGUGAGCUUUUCCAUCACCAGCUUCGGCGCGAGCUUCUUGCAAACCCAGCAGAUGUCGAUGAUCGCGAGUGGGAACACCGCGAACGUGCGGCGGCCGCGGCGGAUGUACACCCAGUGGUUCGGCCUCCGCUGGUUCACCCCGAUGCAGGAGCACGUGUUUUGCGGGCAGGCCGCGAUCGCCGCGGCGCACACCAUCUUCGAGUGUGCCCGUUUCUUCCACUUGAAGUCGAGCCGUCAUUUAGUGAACAAUGUCCCGGUGGAGUUCUUCAUCCCAACCCAGACGGACGUCCUGUGCUUUGUGACACGGGCCGGGAUCAUCAGCGUGCGGUACAAGGAAACGAACGGGGCCGGCACCGGGGCCCAUCACAACCCCCGUGAGGGCAACACCGCGGUGGAGACCUAUGAGGUGCACUUCCCGGCCAACGAGGCCGUCUCCGUGCAGGAGAUGCUCCCGAGCGGCUUUAAGGCGGGGCUCGCCGAGGCGCUUGGGCUCGCGAACGGCGCCGCGGAUAUCGACGACAUCGCGCUGAGCGCCCCCUUGUCGCUCUACGUCGCGGUGCUCAAAAACGCCGCGGCGGUGCGGCAUUGUCGGGUGCAAGAAGCCGCCCUGCGGGGGGUUUUCACCGGGCCCGACUUCACCACCGCGCGGCAGCAGCACCCGAGGCUGGCGACACCCCACGCCCUCGUCAUUACCGCCGAGAAUGACGGUGGCGAGGCUCAAAUCCUCACGCGGGUGUUCACACCGUGGAUUGGCGUCCUUGAGGACUCGGUUUCGAGUUUCGCGUACACGGCGUUGCUGCCGUUCUGGCUACGCCGCCUGAACGGGAGCUACAAGGUCGGCGAUAAGCUAGUCUUCUACCAGGCGAGCAAGCGUGGGGGCUCGGUGCGGGGGAUUAUUAUUGGCAAAAAGGCGGAUCGCGUCGCGUUGAUCGGCUCGGUGAUUACCUUCCUGCGAGGAAACGCGAUGUUUGACGUAGAAGAUUAA